CAUUCCAUUGUAAUCAUGUGAUAAUGGCUGGCCCCACCCACUCUACAAAUUUAUUGAAGCUACAUAUUAAUUAACAACACCUUUCCUUAUGUGCCUUAUUUAUCAUUGUGUGGUAGCCACUGUAUGUGUGAAUGACCCCAGCGUUUUAUUUCAACAGGAAGUAACAUUUUCCAAUUAUGAUAGAGCGGGCAUACUAAGUGACGUCAUGUGCGACGAACGUUCUUGAAUUUACAGAAUAGUGCACAUGACAAACGUCAUAAAGCAAAACAAAUUGUGUAAACGUGGAGUAGAGAGGUGAAGCGCCACAUGGCACCGAGUGAAAAUAACCUAGACCUAGAAAAGGUAUUUGUCUAAAGGCACGAAGAAUGGAAAACACAACCGCAUUUACGGGAAAGGUAAGUUAGAUUUUUCGUUCAUCCUUAUCGCUGGCCCAUUUAAUAAAUGUGCAACUGAAAAACAAAAGAAACUCGUUUAAAGCUAAUUGUGUUCUGCGAUUAGAACCAGGAGGUAAUGGAUACAGAAGUAUUGUCUGUAGCUUCAUGUUAGUUAGACAAACCAGUAAAUACAUACUUUAGGCAUAAUUCUAGGUAAUAUUUAUUCUAUAUUAGUUUAGUUUCUAUUGAAGACGGAAUAAUUAAAAACUAGUGGACAAGUGCAAAGAAUUCAACAACAUACCGUACUUAACUUUUUUUUUUAUAUUAACCAGUCGUCUGUAGUUCGCCAACUCACCACCAGGCGGUACUAUUUCACCAUUUCCCUGCAUCUCAAACCGAAUCUACGUUGUAAUCUGCUUUGUUCCCUGAUCAGCAGUGUGCAGCUACAAUAUGAAAAAAUCAUAUAUAAUUAUAUAUAAUGCCAUUUUGAAUUGUUUUUGAGUAAGGCUCCAGCCCUAGCAUAGCUGAUAAGUCUGAAGGUCUCUGACCGUCUAACUGUACCAUUAGGAGGCUGUGUAGGAGGCUGUGUGGUCCAGUGGUUAAAGAAAAGGGCUUGUAACCAGGAGGUCCCCAGUUCAAAUCCCACCUCAGCCACUGACUCACUGUGUGACCCUGAGCAAGUCACUUAACCUCCUUGUGCUCCGUCUUUCGGGUGAGACGUUGUUGUAAGUGACUCUGCAGCUGAUGCAUAGUUCACACCUAGUCCCCUAGUCUCUGUAAGUCGCCUUGGAUAAAGGCGUCUGCUAAAUAAACAAACAAUUACCAAUCUUCAUUGGGAAAUUAAUAUCUUUAUUAAAAUAUAUAAAAGUCACACCAUUGGUCUCAUAAUAAUAAUAAUGAAGAUGAGCAUACUGAUAAACAAAUUAUAAUUGUAAACCCUUUAUCAUUUUGGUUUGUCAGUUUUGAAGCUAAAAUGAGUUUUCUUUUUGUAUUGUUCACAUAUUUGCACAAGCAAGUCUACCAGUACCUUCAUUUCUUGUGCUGAAUAUAUCUUUGUUCUGGGCUUGAUUUAUUUUUUUGUGUUUUUCGUUUAAUACAAUUCAAAUAUAAAAUCACUUCCACUAUUGUAGGUCAGAUUUACUCUAACGGUCUAACUUUCAGAACUGGCACUAGUGUGAACCGUUCUGCCUUACCCAGCAUGCCGUGCUCUCCCCUCGAAGCAGUGGGGCUGUUUCCUUUUACUGUGUUUUGUUUCUGUAAAGUAGAAUUGCGAGAAGCGCAGGAAAAGUUCAGCGGCUAAGGAUGAACCCGAGAUUGAAGUCAUUGACUUUAAAGAAGUCCUGCAGGUUAAGGUGAGAGUUAAGAUCCACAGGACAGCAAUAAGGAUAAAUAGGAAGUUCUGUAUAUAUCAUAGACUAUAACAAGUACGUGAUUGUUCAGCAGUCAGUUCACAGGGGUCUCAAGAGGCAGCUGGCUCCUGUUUCCAGAUUUGUCCCCUACAAUACCCUACCAAUUCCAUUUAUAUAGCGUCCUUCUUGUCCAAGCAUCCCAGAAUGCUUUACAAUAACAGACUAAAAAGAUCUCACUAGUAAAAGGCAAAUCAAAUGCAUAUAUUUUAAAGAUUUCAAAAUAUUGAUUGGAUUCCAAACAGAACCCAAAAAGUCCCAAAGGGGAGGAGCUUGAGAACUAAAUUCUGUCGCACCGUAGCUUUCCAGUCGAGGGCUUUGAAUUGCCAACCCACCGCUGUUGGCUCAAUCGAAUUCAGGGCUGUCCUGAAUGCCAUUGACAGUGCACCUCGCUGACAGUGCUCCGAGUGUGUCUAAUUUGUUGUCCAAGCCCUGGCUGGUUUAUUUCCUUAUUGAUUUAUGUAUUCUAGGAUGACCAGCAGGUGGAGAAGUAUGUGUCCCACGUGCUUGUCGGAUCGCUUAUAGAUCACAUGGUUUAUAAGAUGUGUAUCUUGGGUUUGAUUAUCGGGAACUCCAUUAUGAUCGCCUGCUAGACCAACCCAUCCAUUGCUGAGACAUAUGAUACCGUGUUCAGUGUGUUCGAACACAUGGUCCUCACAGUGUUUAUCUGGGAGAUUCUUGUGAAAUGGUACUAUGGGUUUUAUAUCUUCUGGAAGGGUGCUGAGAGUGAUCCGCAGCAUACGGGGCCUCACUGCCCUGCGUGGCAUCGCUAUGAUGGUCCAGGUCAUCUUACAGUCCAUCCCAGACAUGGCUAACAUCUUCCUGCUCCUGGUCAUUUUCAUGCUGGUGUUUGCUGUGUUUGGUGUGACGUUGUUCGGAGCUGAUGUCCCACAGUCCUUCGGAGACCUGGCCACAGCCAUGUAUUCCCUCUUCAUCUGCAUCACUCAAGAUGGCUGGAUGACAAUCUAUAAAGAUUUUCAAGCCGAAGGUGACGGUCUGAAGUAUGGGGCUGCUAUCUAUUUCUUUGUCUUUCUGACUGGUGGGGCAUUUAUCUUUGCCAACCUGCUGGUUGCCGUGGUGACAACGAAUCUGGAGCUGGCAAUGACAGAGUAUGAAGAUGUGACAGACGACAAGGGAGCAGCACAAGCCUCAACAGAGAAACCUGAAGAAGACCUUGUGAAAGAUCUGGAAGUGGUGCAUUUGGAGCAGGUGAUAAGGGAGACCACUAUGACCCGUCGGCAGAAGCCCCACAGGAUCAGCUCCCUGGAGAACCUCACCAUUGUGUCAUUCGAGCAGUUCUGCGUCGUGCUGGAGGCCAUACAAAAGAACAGGAAGGACUACAGGAUAAUCCGACAGGAGCUCAAUGGCAUUGCUGAAGAGGUCCGCGGGAUCCUGUUCAACCGAGAGCAGGAGCAGGAGGUCAUCAUGCGCAACAAGCAGGUGCCGAUGCUCAACGAGAACCUCCUGAUGAACGAAAUCGCUUCUGGGAAGACCGGGGACAUGCUCUCCACGCUCAUGAUGCUGGAGAAGGCCAAUAUGAUCGACUCUGGGGGAGCGUCUCCGAGUCUCUACCAGAAGGGCACAGUCCUCCAGUCUGUGAUGAAAGUGAAACGGAUGUCAAUGUAGUUGUGCCCACGCCGACACAGCAGGCUCCAUUCUUCUCAUACCAUCCUGAUGUCAAAGGAACGUCCCUAACAUCUAGCGCUUUACAACCUGUUCAGAAUAGAAAUUAUUUUCUGUUUUUUUUUUUUUAACACUGAAAUGAACUAUGACCCUCAGGACACCCCCACCCAAUUUCGGUCUUUCUAAAAAAAAAAAAAA